UAUGUGUCUUACAGUGUCUUAAAAAAGUUGUAGUUUUAAACACCGAUUGAUUUGAAAAGUUUUGAAUGUGAAGCCAACUAUCGAUUUCUAAACAGAAAAUGCUAGCUCUGGUCAUACUAUAAGUUUCGAUGGCAUCGACAUCAUCGGCGGUCAACAACAACAAUGUCACCGAUUGUGGUAAUAAAUGGACGAAUGCAGAGGAUUCGCUUUUGUUGAAAAGAGUACAAAAAUAUGGAUCAAAUAACUGGCUUAAAGUGUCCAAUAAACUCAUGAGUGGAAAGACUGGAAGUCAAUGUCAACAGCGAUGGUUAGACAUUAAGAACCGUAAAAACAAUACUCAGUUUGUUAACAAAGACGCGAAUAUAUCGCACAACAAAUCUAAGAAGAAUAAGAAGGAAAAGAAAUCAAAGAAAAGAAAGUCAAAAGAUAGGGAUAGAAAGGACUCAGAAGAUGGUAAACGAAUCUGCAAUGAGUGGGAAAAUCACACCACAAAGUUGGUGAAGACAAAGACAUCGAAAAGAGCAAAGAUUGGCAAACAUCGGGUCACACGUCUGGACAGCGAUGAUAGUAAUGUCAUACUGUCGAUGGAAAUAACCAAUACUAGUGAUACUAACUCUGCAAAUCAUUUGACUGAAAACAACUUUAAUGAUAUUACAACCAAAACAACGGCCACUACUAGAAAGUUGCCGAAAGUCAGCAAACAUUCAAAACGGACCCAAACCAUAUCUAAUCGUAAAUUAUUAAUCAAUUUGGACGACAAUACUUGUGACGAAUGGUCGACAAGCAAUGAGGACGACAACGAUAGCCAAAUACUGACGAACAGUGCUACCGAAUGCGAUGACCAAUAUCUUAGUUGUGCCGAUACGGAGAUCGAUGACCAGUUUGUUGGUGAUGACGACAACCACAAAGAUAAUGAUUGUGGCGAUAAAUUAACGGAUGAUAUUGUUGGAGACAAUAGUGAAGAAGUUUACAGCGAACUCAUGGACAAUGACAUCGCCACUGUUGUCGAUCAUUCUGUCAAAAAUGAAGAUAAACCAGUGGUGGAUAAACAGAUGACUGAUAAUAAUAGUAAUCACCUCUUGUGUAUGAAGACCGACAACAAACUGUUUGAUUUUGAGCCUAAGUUUAUGACCAAACACGAUGUGGCCACCGAUUCGCGAUUUCGUGUCCGUGCAUUUGGCUAUACAUCGAUUGAUAAGAAAACAGGAUUACGUAAAGAGGACACCGAUUCACUUGAACUAAACAAAAAACCUGUCGAUGAAGUGAUUGAACACAUAAUAGUCAUGUGUUAUCACUGCGAAAAACGGUUUAACACAAGAAGUGAAUUUUUGUUUCAUUAUAAGAGUCGACACGAAAACACUAAAUUGCCGAAUGUUUGUCUCAAAUACAAGACUUUAGAGGCCAUACCAACUGUCAAUCCUAGUCCUAAUGAUCAGAUAACAACUGACACAAAUAUUGUAGUCAAUACAGAGUCGCAAAUUAGAUCCAUGAGCUCAAAAUCUGUAGUUAAAACCGAACGAAAUUAUGCAAAGAAAAGUAUUACUGUUCCCCAGAGACUUAAAUCCACGCCCACUAAUUGCCAGUCAUCAUCAUCAACAUCGGUGCAAAAUACUAGUGGGUUAAAUAAGUUUCAAAUGUGUGCCCAAUGUACCAUUUGUUCAUUUAUGCCACUUGAUCUGCAACCAUUACAAGCAAUUAAAGAUCAUCUAAUCAAUGAGCAUAGUAUUGUUGAUUACCAGAAGCACAUUAAAUGGAGACCAAUGAAGAUAAAACGAAAAUCUGGUACUUGUGCUAAGCCAUAGAUUAUCUCAUAAAACUUAAUCUCAAUUGUUUUUAUACAUUUUUUGUACAGUAUUUUUUGACUAUUAUAGUAUAAUUUACGAUAUAUUAUAACUUAC